AUGGCCACAACAGCAGACAUUUCAGGAGUUGCCGGCUUGGCAGAAAAUCGCGAUGUCUUGGGAGAGGAGAACUGCGCGUGCGCUGCGCGUCUGGUGGCGGCAGGCCAAGCUGCGAUCUUCGGCACUUGGGACCCGCCGGGGACCUGUGAUGCGGAGAAGCUUCAGUUCUUCGACCAGAUCCGGACGUUGGACAAGAACUAUCCAGGCGGACUGGGCAGCUACUUGCGGAAUGCUCUGACACUGCUCCAGGCGUCUGCCGGCGGGGAGAAUCCCUUGGAUGGAUGGGUCCCAUCUGUGCCACAAGACGGCUUCCAACCGGAAGUGGGCUCUGCGGAGUUCCUGGCCUACGAGGAGUUCGGGGCGAAGGAGGUUUCCAAGUGCUGCUUCGUGAUCCCAGCUGGUGGGCUAGGCGAGCGACUCGGGUUCAGUGGCGUGAAGUUCGCGCUUCCUGCCGAGCUCGUUACUGGCAGCUGUGUGCUGGGUGUCUACUGCGCCUACCUUCGAGCUUUUCAGGAUCUUUCGGAAGCGUCUGCCAAGCAGCCGUGCCGCCUGCCUCUGGUUAUCAUGGCGAGUGCCGACACUGAUGCCGGCAUUCGUGAGCUCCUCGCACGCGGCUUGGCACAGGCACUUGUACUCUGCACCUGA